CUUCCAAGUGUAGUGUUUUCCUCUCUCUUUCUCUCUCUCCCUAGAAAUGGAAACCAAAGGAUGCCUGAGCAAUUUCUUCGAGAAGGCCAAGCCUUACAUAGCCAUGACCUCUCUCCAAUUCGGCUAUGCCGGAAUGAACAUUAUUACCAAAGUGUCCCUCAACCGAGGCAUGAGCCACUACGUCCUCGUGGUCUACCGCCACGCCUUUGCCACCGCCGCCAUCGCCCCCUUCGCCCUUCUCCUCGAAAGGAAAGUCAGGCCAAAGAUCACCUUCACCAUUUUCUGCCAGCUCUUCGUUUUAGGACUUCUCGGGCCGGUUAUUGAUCAGAACUUGUACUACGCCGGGCUGAAGUUCACCUCGCCGACGUUCUCAUGCGCGAUGAGCAACAUGCUGCCCGCGAUGACCUUCGUGAUGGCCGUGAUCUUCAGAAUGGAGAAACUGGACAUGAAGAAGAUGAGAUGCCAAGCGAAAGUGGCAGGAACGAUAGUGACGGUCGCAGGAGCCAUGCUGAUGACGCUCUACAAGGGCCACGUCGUGAAGAUGCUGUGGUCGGACUACAUUCACCCCAGCAAGUCCUAUGAUGCGCCAGUGGCCGCGGCCGCCGACGAGGACAAGGACUGGAUCAAGGGCUCCAUCCUCCUCAUCAUCGCCACCUUCGCCUGGGCCUCUUUCUUCAUCCUUCAGGCCGUCACGCUAAGGAAAUACACGGCUCAGCUGUCUCUCACCGCUCUUGUUUGCUUCAUGGGAACCCUGCAGUCCAUCGUGGUCACCUUCUUCAUGGAGCACAGACCCCACGCUUGGGCCAUCGGGUUCGACAUGAACCUCCUAGCUGCUGCAUAUGCUGGUAUUGUCUCGUCGAGCAUUGCCUACUACGUGCAAGGACUAGUGAUGCAGAAGACCGGGCCAGUCUUCGUGACCGCCUUCAGCCCGCUGAUGAUGAUCAUCGUCGCAAUCAUGGGCUCCUUCAUCUUGGCCGAGAAGAUUUAUGUCGGAGGGCUUCUCGGAGGAGCUCUGAUCGUGGUGGGGCUAUACUCAGUGCUGUGGGGAAAAUACAAGGACACGAAAGCGGAGGAGAUUCUUGAGCCGGUAAAACAAGGCCAGGGCAUGGAUAUUGAAGCAAAUACAAUGCAAAUAUACGGAGAUGACGAGAGAAGAAUGCCUGCACCGGUCAUCGCCAUUAGCGCGACGCCGAUGCUAGCGGUCGAGGCGCCCAAGCCAUGAAUUUUACCACUUUGAGGAGAGAAUAAAUUUAAGAUGGAAGCUUUUUAGUCAUUGCUGCUUCCCUUUUUUUGUUUCGAAUUAGAGAAUUAAGGAAGUUUGUAACGUUUGAGAAUUUUGAUAAAUCAAGUCUUUUUUUAUUAAUGGAUACUUUGGUGCUA